AUGGCUGCAAAGAAAGCUACGCAUACCAUGGUUAAGCUUGUUUCAGCUGCAAAAACCGGUUACGAAAAAUGGUUCAAUAUCCCCAGAGCCCACUCCAAACUCAAUCUUAUUUUAUACGACCCAAGAGCACAAAGACAUUGUCUAUUCACAGAAAGCAAGAAGAGAAAGACGCAAGAGAAUAAGAAGAAAGAUUAUUCCAAGAGUCACAGAGUUUAA